CUGCCCCAACUCUCUUUUUUAUCUUUUUUUUUUCCCCUCAUCUCACCAAAUGGAAGACACCCCCCCUCCAUUUUUUUUUUUACUUUCAGAGAUUUUCUCAUCAUCCAAACACUCCAAAGUUUCUAUCUUUCUGACUAUCAGAGCAAACACUAGACGCACCCGCAUCCUUUCAAUUCUCCAAGAAGAUUCCUCUCAUCGCCGGAACCAAUGUCGGCCUCCGGCGAACCAGACCACAGCAACUCUCUUCCUCACAUCCUCUCUUCAAAAACGCCGUUUCUGAACCUAAAACUCUACGUUGUAAUCGCAAUUGUAGUCUUCUGCAUUCUGAUUUCUCUCACGAUGUUCCUUUGUAUCCGGUGGAGAAGAAGCUCGCGCAAGCGGAAAGUGAAGCACAGCUCUGGUCUAAUUCCGCUGGUUUCCAAAGAGAUCACGGAGAUCAAAGCGGUUAAUCGGAAAGUGGAUUGCUUUACCGAGGACGGUAAAAUGGAAAUUCAGGAUCCGAAGAAGAAGGGGGAGGCAGCUGCUGCUGCGAGUGAUGACUCGUUGAGGUCAAGUGAUGUGUCGGUAGAUGUGCAGAACAUAGGGUGGGGGCGGUGGUACAGCUUGAAAGAGCUGGAAGUGGCGACGCGCGGAUUCGCGGAGGAGAAUAUGAUUGGAGAAGGAGGAUACGGUGUCGUAUACCGAGGCGUUUUACAGGACGGUUCUGUAGUCGCGGUGAAAAAUCUGCUCAAUAACAAGGAUAGGGGCCAGGCAGAGAAGGAGUUCAGGGUGGAAGUUGAAGCCAUUGGAAAAGUCAGGCACAAGAACUUGGUUGGUCUGAUUGGCUACUGUGCUGAAGGUUCUCAAAGGAUGCUCGUUUAUGAAUACGUUAACAAUGGGAACCUGGAACAAUGGUUGCAUGGUGAUGUAGGGCCUGUUAGCCCUCUAACAUGGGAUAUAAGAAUGAAGAUUGCGAUAGGGACAGCAAAAGGACUAGCCUAUUUGCAUGAAGGAUUAGAACCCAAAGUUGUGCACCGUGAUGUAAAAUCGAGUAACAUUCUUCUGGACAAGAAGUGGAACGCAAAAGUGUCAGAUUUUGGACUGGCAAAGUUGUUAGGGUCUGAAUCAAGCUAUGUGACUACACGAGUGAUGGGGACAUUUGGUUAUGUCUCUCCUGAAUAUGCUAGCACUGGUAUGCUUAAUGAGGGAAGUGAUGUCUAUAGUUUUGGAGUCCUGCUUAUGGAGAUGAUUACAGGCAGAAGCCCAAUUGAUUAUUCUAGACCAGCUGGAGAGAUGAACUUGGUUGAGUGGUUUAAAGGCAUGGUUGCAAGCCGUCGUGGAGAAGAGCUUGUGGACCCAUUGAUCGAAGUUCAGCCCUCUCCUAGAGCUUUGAAACGAGCAUUGCUUGUUUGUCUCCGCUGUAUUGAUUUGGAUGCCCAUAAACGGCCAAAGAUGGGCCAGAUAAUUCAUAUGCUUGAGGCAGAUGACUUUCCUUUUCGUUCUGAACACCGACCAACUCGAGAAAGAGAUCCAGUGCCUUCCUCUGGAGCCACAUCCUUUGAAGUUUCAUACCCAACAAAGCAAGGUGGGGGUGGCAACAUAGAGAAACCAAGAUGGAGAUAGUUACCUACUCUUUGUCAAAGGCCUUUACAGUUUCUGAGGUCAGAUCAUGUUGUAGAAUAAGAUUCCCCCUUAGCAUACGUAAGCUACAAGUCUGGAACGUGCAUACAUACAUAUAUAUAUAUCUCUUGACCUUCCUUCCACACCCUUGUUGAUACUUUGCAGCAUCCUAGAUUUAUAUGAGCCCUGUAAAUAUGUACGUGUAUUCCAAUAUUGAAGUAUAUCAAUCUUCUUGGUUUAUGCAUUGUUUGUUUCAUUUUAACCUUGGCAAAGCAGCCUGGUUUAAUUAGACUGUUCUCUCCUCUGAUCAAAAGUUCGGUCUUCAGGCAUUACACUUGGUCU